AUGUACGAUAUAGUAGUUUUGUCAUUUGGAUACUACAACACAUGCUCGGUGUGUACUGAAUUCCUAGAUAAUUUUCUGUACUACACAGAGGAUAGAAUAACAUUAACAAUACAUGAUUUAUCGUCAAAUGAAAUAGUUGACAGACAACAGGAUUUCAUUUUAAUAUUGAUAGCUAAUUACAAGUUGGACUAUGAAACUGUUGUUGAUUUCAAAUUCUAUGUAAAUUUUUUGGAUAAAUCAUUGAAAAUUUUUAUUGUGCUCGACUUGUCAGAAAAGAGUAUUUUGCAUGCUGUUACAGUUUGGAAGAGAUUAUCAAUGAGGAAAUAUUUCAACAUUUAUCUCGUAAUUCAAAAUGAAAAUGGAGUAUUUGAUGUCUACCGCACUAUUUUCAGGAAAAAUAUAAAAAACGAGGUAAUGAUGGUAUUGAAUCGGUCAAAAGAUGAAAAAUUUCUAGCUAUGAAGGAUGUAUUAGAUCCUAACGAUCCAUCGCCACUCUACAUUGUAUUUUACGGUGCUAAUCUAAUGAACUUUGUGGAUAAUGGAAAGAUCAUUGGUGCUGAAGGAAACUUGAUUCAAGAAUUCAGCAAUCGACUUGGAACUUUCUACCAAAUUAUAAAUCAGAAAACAGAACUACCAACAACAGUUGGCAUUCACUCGUAUUUAGAUAGUUACGGAGAUAUUUCUUUAGAAACAGGCUCAACAUUUCUCGAAAGAAGCGUUAAAAAUGUCUUUAUUAAUGAAAUGAGUGGUCUAUGUCUACUCGUACCUAGAAAUAUUCCUGUAUCAGCUAUUAACAACUUUAAUCUUGCAAUUGAUCAACUGGUUUUAAUUCUGAUGUCAACAGUUUCAGUUAUCAUAUGCUGGUAUUUAAUCACAACUGAAAUGACUUAUUCGUCAAUCCUUUCGGCUGUUUACAAGAUUAUUCUAAAACGCGGUGCCUCCGGAAUCGAACGCAUCUCAUUAAGAGAGAAAAUCUUAGUCUAUACAUUCAUAUUCAGUUCAUUCAUCCUUGUAUCUUUGUAUGAAUCAGUUGUCAUAUCAGCCAUGCUUGCUGAACCAUCAAUGAGAUCAGCAAAUAGCAUCAAGGAAUUGAAUGACUUAGAUGCAAAGUUUUUCUUAUACCUUAACAACAAUGCUUCAAAGUUAACCGGAUUACCGUACAUUCGAGAAGAUUUAAUCAUUAACUUUAUUAGUGAAAAACUAAGUGUAAUCCUAAAGGUUCCAAACGAUUUCGAUGAAAAUCUGGUUUAUUUUGUAUUUUGUAUAUAUGCUGAUGCAUUCAUUCAAUCUAUGCAUAACUAUAGGGACGGUCUUCGUCUAUUUGAUAAGAUAACAUUGAUGGAAAUACAAGAAUCAUAUUUAGUCAGUAGUGGAUACUAUUAUAUCGAUGAAUUUGUGCAGUUUGUGGACAAUUUGAUGACAUCUGGUUUUUAUAAAUUCUGGCAGAAACAGACAUUGGAAAACAGAUUUCCUUCUGCCAAUCCUCCAGAGCAAUUUCAACAUAUGUUUGUUAAAUUUAAAGAUAUGGCACUUCCGAUGAUAAUUUUACUAGCUGGAUUACUAAUUUCACUGCUGAUUUUCUUGGUUGAGACUAUUUUGUUUAAAUGGAAGGAUUAUAUUGAGGCUCACGUCAAUAGUUUGAACAAUCGCAUCAACAGAAGGAAGUUGAACAUAAGCAAAUGGCGAAAGAAGUUUAUCAUCGAUAGAAAACCUGACACAAUCAAAUGUGAUCAAAUACUACCAACAAGACAUCCUGUAUUGAGUAACAUACCUAUAAAUUGUAAAAGUAAUUACAUUGCAUGCCGAGAAUCAAUGAGAGGAGGAUAUUUUGUUUUUGAGAAUCAAAAGAAACCAAUAAAGCAUAGGAAAGUUAAGCAUCAAAUCAUUCAAGUUAAACCCUGCAAUCAGAACUAG